AUGACUGUGCCACGCGAUAUUCAACAUACUGAAGCUCCCGCUCCAGGCGGCGCUUCAAACCAUCUAUCUAAACAAGCUCAUGGCGAAAACAGCGUUUUGAUCAAAUUAAUCGAAAAAAUCGCCGUAGAAGAUCCAGAGAGGCCAUUUGUGUUGAUUCCAUCAUCAGACAAGGCUCAAGAUAGUUGGAAACCCGUCACCUUUGUCCAACUCAAUAACGCCAUCAAUUAUCUCGCUCACUCACUCUCAAACACCAUUACCCGAUCACCUGACGAUGAAGAGUUUCCCACCGUCGCCUACAUCGGCUCUAACGAUGUGCGAUACACGAUAAUUCUUUUCGCGUGCAUCAAAGCUGGAUUUAAAGCUCUUUUCAUUUCACCUCGCAACACAACUGCCGUUCAACUCUCGCUUUUUGAAAACACGCGUUGCCAUGUCUUGUACUGUACUGACUCGAUGCGAGCGAUGAUGGAACCGUGCCUGAAUCAGCGCCGCAUGCAAGCAUGUACUAUUGACAGUCUUGACCAUUUCCUCAAUGUUGGCUCUUCGCCAUUCCCCUAUGACAGGUCCAUCGAACAAUCUCGCUGGGAUCCUCUCGUUGUUCUGCAUACUAGCGGCUCAACGGGAAUCCCCAAACCGAUUCUCGUGCGACAGGGAACAUUUUGCGCCUUUGAGAACCUGCUACAUAAAGGCCUGUUCCAAGGUUGUCCCUUGGCUCUGGGAGAUUGGGGAGAGAAGGGAACCAAAGUUCUUCUUUCAAUGCCAAUGUUCCAUGCCGGUGGUGUUUACGCGACGAUAUCAGGAAUCUUCACUGGCUCCACCACUGUUAUGCCAAUCAUGAACAAACCGCUGAGUGCUGAUUCGGUUUUGGAAAGUCUGGAGUUAUCUGGUUCUCAUGGAGUCGUUCUACCUCCCUCCAUUGUGGAAGGUAUUGCUGCCUCUGAAAAGGGCAUCGAGGCGUUGGCUAAGCUUCAGUUCUUGAAGUUUGCUGGCGGUAACUUAUCUCCAGCAGUUGGAGACGCUUUGGUGGAACGAGGUAUCAAGCUCAAUAGUAUGAUUGGAUCAACAGAGGCGUUCCCAUAUGCACUAUAUCUCCCCAUCGACCGAAUGCUCUGGCAAUAUUUCGUGUUUGACAGCGACGCCAUGGGGAUCGAUUGGCGCCCAUGUGGACCGAACGAGUACGAACUUGUCAUCUGCCGCAAAGACGCCUCGGAUCCCGGAAACCAAGCCGUAUUCUACGUAUUCCCGGAACUCUCAGAGUGGUACACAAAGGAUAUCUUUCGGCCUCACCCUACACAGAAGGACCACUGGCUUCACGUCGGUCGUGCUGAUGAUAUCAUCGUCUUCUCCAACGGCGAGAAGUUGAACCCUGUUUCUAUUGAGGCUGCCGUUUCUGGCCAUCCUCUUGUCAAGGGAGCUCUUGUCGUGGGUCAGAUGAAGUUCCAAGCGGCUCUGAUCAUCGAGCCUGUUGAUGAAGCAGUGCCCAAGGAUGAGACCGAAACCCGAGCCUUGAUUGAUCAAAUUUGGCCUACGAUUGAAAGGGCAAACUCGAAAACUGUAACUCAUGGACGAAUCAUCAAGAACCUUGUUGUUAUCGCGGACCCCUCACUGCCCUUCUCGCGGGCUGGAAAAGAGACGGUCCAACGGGCAUCUACUAUCGCUUUGUACAAGGACUUUAUCGAGUAUAUUUACGAAAAAGAUGAGAUUGAUGGAGGUGACGACGAAUCCGUUGUUCUCAAUGUUGAUAAUGAAGUUGAACUUGCCCGAUCUAUCAUCUUAGUGUUCAAGAUCAAGCUUGGAGUCGGCAAGCUGCAAUUUGACACGGACUUUUUCUCUGCAGGAAUUGACUCAUUGCAAGUCAUGACUGCCACGAGACUUCUCAAGGCCGGACUUCGGUCAGCGAACUUGGACACUACGACGUUUGUGCCGCAAGUAGUUUAUCGAUAUCCUACAGCAAAAGACCUUUCUCGUCACAUUCUCUGUACUCGGGAUGGGUGUGCCGACCAUGAUGACGUGGCAAAGGAGAUCGCGGAAACUGAGAGACUUGUGACAAAGUAUGCUGAAGGUCUUCCCACUUCUGUACCUAACAAAAAGUCCCCUGAGGAGGACAACCAAACCGUUCUUCUCACCGGAAGCACAGGGUCUUUGGGUGCCUACAUGCUCGACACUCUUUGCAGAAUCCCUACUAUCAACAAAGUCAUCGCCCUCAAUCGUACUGACGACGGUGGUGCAUCUCGACAACCUUCGAUCAACAAAAGUCGCGGUCUGACACAAAACCUUUCCAAGGUCGAAUUCAUCCACGCAGACCUGUCGUUGCCAGACUUGGGUCAAGGUCAAGCCAAGUACGACAACCUACUCGCUCGUGUCGACCGCAUCAUCCACAACGCAUGGCCCGUCAACUUCAACAUCAGCGUAUCGUCAUUUGAGAGCUCCAUCCGUGGCGUAAGACAUCUUGUCGACUUCUCUGUCGCGGCAGACAAAGAUGUGCCCAUCAUUUUCAUUUCAAGUAUUGGAACGGUUGAUGGCUGGACGGCCACUGAUAAGGUCCCUGAGGAGGCAAUCACUGAUAUGACUCUACCUCAAAUGGGUUAUGGUCGCUCCAAGCUCGCGUCAAGUUUGAUACUUGAUGCAGCUGUCCAGAAGUCCAGUAUUCAUGCUGCUUCAGUAAGAGUUGGACAAAUUGCAGGACCAAAAGCUGAGAAGGGAAUGUGGAAUCGACAGGAGUUCAUCCCAAGCUUGAUUGCAAGUUCGGUUCAUCUCGGCGUUCUUCCCGAUUCUCUGGGACCUCAGCAAGAAAUCGCAUGGACACCUAUCGAGGAUGUCUCAGGUCUAAUUCUAGACAUCGCUGGCAUCACGGCUCCCAAGCCCGUAACAGAGAUUUGUGGAUACUUCCAUGGUGUCAACCCUUCAACGGCGAACUGGUCUGAUAUUGCGCCUGCAGUGAAGAAUUUCUACGGAGAUGAAAUGAAGAUUGUCAGUUUGGAGGAGUGGGUUGAGAAAUUGGAAGCUAGCACCAAGGACAAGGACUUGAAUGUGGACAAGAACCCGGGUGUCAAGCUUCUCGAUACGUACCGUGGGCUUUUGGAGGCUGAGAAGGCGGGCAAGUUUUUGAGAUUUUCGAUGGAACGGACGAAAAGCCACAGUCCGACGAUCAGAGAGGCUGGACCAAUCACCCCGGAGCUGAUGAUCAAUUGGUGUCGCCAAUGGGGAUUUUAA